AUGGCAGACCAGCAGCGGCUGCUGGAUGGAAUGCCUCAGGACGUGGAGCAGGGCGGGGAUGCUGAUGAGGGGCCCACUUACACCGUCGGAGAAGCGCUUGACUGCAUCGGCUUUGGCAGAUUCCAGGGGAUGGUAUUGUUCUACUGCGGAUGUGCCUGGGCAGCGGAUGCCGUGGAAAUGAUGCUCCUCUCCUUCCUGGGGCCUGCGGUGCGGUGCGAGUGGGGCAUUUCGCCCUCGGCAGAGAGCCUGAUCACGAGCAUUGUUUUCUGCGGCACAAUGCUUGGCGCGUACGGAUGGGGCGUGCUCGGUGAUGCAAAGGGCCGCCGCGUCGGCUUUGCCGCAACCGCCGCGUUCACUUUUGCGUUCGGCAUCCUCAGCGCAGCUUCCCCCAACUACCUCAGCCUGGUGGUGCUGCGGGGGCUGAUGGGCGUGGGCUUGGGGGGAGCGCCUGUGGCGUUUGCACUAUUCUUGGAACUUGUGCCCUCAUCAAAGCGGGGGGUGCUCAUGGUGGCGCUGCAGUCCUUCUGGACCGUGGGCAGCAUGCUGGAGGCGGCGUUGGCAUGGGCAAUACUGACAGACUGGGGCUGGCGAUGGCUGGUGGCAAUCUCGUCCCUGCCGCUGCUUGCAUUGCUGCUGCUGUACCCGUUCCUGCCAGAGUCCCCCUACUGGCUGGUCGCCUCCGGCCGCACUGCCGAUGCGCAGGCGCUGCUGCAGAGAAUCGCACACGCCAACGGCCGGCCGCUGCCGCCGGGGCGGCUGGCGCCGAGCGCCGCGGCGGCAGCCGCCGCUAAGGCUCAGGCGGACAGCAAGGCGCUGGAGGUGGAGGGGGGGACCCAGGGGAGUACAGGUACUGGCAAGGGGAUGAAAAUAUGGGGCCCGCUGAGUCAGCUGGCGACUGCGUUCCGGCCACUUCUGAGCGGAGACCUGCGGCGCACGACGCUGCUGCUGCUGCUCAUCUGGUUUGUCAACGCGCUGUGCUACUACGGCCUCGUCCUGCUUACCACCUCGCUGCACUCGCACGGCGGCGGCAGCGGCUGCAGCACUGGCGGCCGCCUCGUUCUGUCCUCGGCCGACCUGCGGGACAUCUUUGUGGCGUCCACAGCUGAGCUGCCGGGACUCCUGCUUGCUGCUGCAGUCAUGGACGGGCUCGGCCGCAAAUGGCCCCUGGCGGCAAGUCAGCUGGUGAUAGCGGCUGCGACGGGAUCUCUGCUCUUGGCGCCCGGCCGAUGGGACACGGCACUGCUAUUCAUCGGACGCGCAUGCUCCAUGGGAUCAUAUGCCAUCCUCUAUGUAUACACCCCCGAGGUGUUUCCGACACGGGUGCGCACGUUUGGGCUGGGGGUGAAUAAUGCGAUGUCCAGAAUAGGCGCGCUGGUGUCCCCCUUCCUGGCGGUGGACCUGGUGGAGCGGGGGUCCCCGGGGAUCGCGGAGGGAACGCUCGCGCUCGCCUGCCUCGCAGCCGCCGUUGCGUGCGCGUUUCUGCCCCUGGAGACCUCCGGCAAGGAGCUCGCGGUGGACGGUGCUGCGAAUGAAAAUUCACAGGAGGAUGGGGAGAUGCUGCCACCGGCGCCAUCUGAGUCAGAGCAUCGGCUGUGAACGUAUUGUAUUGAUAGAUUACUACAUCGAUUACUGAUAGAUUAGUGAAAGAUUGGCAGCCUUUUCUGCAGAUUAACCUUGCCUGUGGCAGGAACAGCCGGAGAAAAUAAUAAGUGACAGAUAAGAUGCUACUGUCUGCAAGUUCUGUGCCUUUCAAGAUAGAACUCUGGGAUUGAAGCACAACUGGCAUGCAUGCUGUUUGCGCAAGCCUGCUGAGCGGUUGUGUGUCCAAUUGAUUGGGUGUUGCAUAAUUAAUCAGCAGCUGUGCAUGCACUAUGCAUUUGGCGUGCGGUGGCUGGCAGAUAUUCUUCAGCCAAUUGCCGCAUCAUGCAUGAUGCGCAGGACCUGCGGUUUAAUCGAGUUGCAGCUUGCAGUACUGCGCAAUGACUGCACAUGAUUGGGGGUGGCAACAGACGCUUACAACUUCAGGGAAUGGUGACAUCAGGCAUGACAGUUGCGGUUUGGUCAAAGGAUUAAUGUUAUGCAUGUGCAUUCUCUUGAGUAAAUUUUUGCACAUGGAGCCAGCUGGCCAACUUACAUGCCGUUUUGCCCGUCUUGCAAAUUAAGCAUUGCCUGUUCUUUAAAUGAUAAGUAAUUGUGACAGAAAAGGCUAAGCA